CAACACUAGUUAAAAUUUAACCAUGGUUAAGGUCCUCUUCAUCAGUUCAUGAAUGAGCUCUCUUUGUGUUGUCUCCUCCUCACACUGUUUACCCCCAAAAUCCUUGAAGAUAUAUAUACAAAAAAAUUGCUGGUAUAUAGAGAGGAAGUUGUUGAAUCUUGCUAUUUACGGGUCUCUGAUUUUGUUGAAGCAAUUUCAAUAAUUGAGUUUUCGGUGUUCUUCUUCUGAAGUUGAUUUAACUGAAGAAAAAACCCUGUUAUUGUUUUGCCGUGGAUUGAUUUUUAAUAGAGGUGUUUGGAGAAUGAAAGAUCUGUGUUAAGAGUAUGUGCAGCGAAAUGGCUACUUCUGAUAGUGGCCGGAGUGCUACCGGAGCUGGAAAAGUUGAUGCUGAGAAAGCAUUGUACGCGGAGCUAUGGCGUGCCUGUGCAGGUCCACUUGUGACAGUACCACGCGAAAGAGAGCUGGUGUUCUAUUUCCCACAAGGUCAUAUUGAACAGGUUGAAGCAUCAACAAAUCAAGCUUCAGACCAGCAGAUGCCAGUAUAUAAUCUUCCUUCUAAGAUCCUCUGUCGUGUAAUGAACGUCCUGCUCAAGGCUGAAACAGAUACUGAUGAGGUGUACGCGCAAGUGACAUUGAUGCCAGAACCAAAUCAAGAUGAGAAUGCAGUCAUGAAGGAACCGAUGCCCUCUCCGCCACCACGAUUCCAUGUCCACUCUUUUUGUAAGACAUUAACGGCCUCCGAUACCAGCACUCAUGGAGGAUUUUCUGUCUUGAGACGUCAUGCUGAUGAAUGCCUCCCACCUCUGGAUAUGUCUCGACAGCCUCCAACACAGGAGUUGGUGGCCAAAGAUUUGCAUACAAAUGAAUGGUGCUUCAGGCACAUAUUUCGGGGCCAGCCUAGGAGGCACCUUCUUCAGAGUGGUUGGAGUGUCUUUGUAAGUUCAAAAAGGCUUGUUGCAGGGGAUGCAUUCAUAUUUCUUAGAGGUGAGAAUGGGGAGCUUCGUGUUGGAGUCAGACGUGCCAUGAGACAGCAGGGUAAUUCUCCAUCAUCAGUCAUAUCCAGUCAUAGCAUGCAUCUUGGUGUCCUUGCUACAGCUUGGCAUGCCAUUCAGACGAAAACAAUGUUCACAGUAUAUUACAAACCAAGGACGAGCCCUGCUGAGUUUAUAGUUCCAUAUGAUCAGUAUAUGGAGUCUCUGAAAAACAAUUACUCCAUCGGGAUGAGGUUUAAAAUGAGGUUUGAAGGCGAAGAAGCUCCAGAACAGAGGUUUACUGGCACUAUAAUUGGCAUUGAAAAAGCUGAGCCCAAAAGUUGGCCUGAGUCCAAAUGGAGAUGCUUGAAGGUUCGAUGGGAUGAUACUACUGCUAUUCCUAGGCCAGACCGAGUUUCACCAUGGAAAGUAGAGCCAGCUCUUAGCCCUCCUGCACUUAAUCCACUUCCAAUACCAAGGCAGAAAAGGCCUCGGUCAAAUGUUCUGCCUUCUUCUCCUGAUUCUUCUGUUCUUACUAGGGAAGGUUCAUCCAAAGUAACUGUAGACCCUUCACAAGCCAGUGGGUUUUCAAGGGUCUUGCAAGGUCAAGAAAUAUCGACCUUGAGAGGCAAUUUUGUUGAAAAUAAUGAGUCAGACUCUUCUGAGAAACCAAUUGUAUGGCCACCGUUACUGGAUGAUGAAAAGGCUGAUUCUGCAUCAAGGAUAUGUCUAUCAGAUAAAUGGCUUCCUUUAGGGAGGCCUGAAUCAUCUUUUACAGAUCUUUUAUCAGGUUUUGGGGUGCAAGCGAAUUCCUCCCACGGGUUCCUUUUACCCACUGGAGGCCACACAACAUCUUCUAGCUUGGUGAAGCAACAAACACUGGACAAGGAAAGUGAUUUCAGCUUAAUGGGAAAACAAUGGUCGCUAGUUUCUUCUGGUCUCUCACUUAAUCUGAUGGAUUCAAGAUUGAAGGGUGUGGAUACUCUUUGUCAAAUGGGGGGAACAUCUAGAUGUAAUGGUUUUAAUGAACAUCCAGCCCUUCCUGGUCAUAGAAUUGACAAUCAUCAGGGAAAUUGGUUAACGCCCCAGUCUGCGCUGCCUUAUAUUCAGAUGUCCAUUCAUUCUAGAGAAAUGAUGCCUAAACCCAUAACUUCACUACAGCCCGAAGCCAUGAAAUCCAAAGAGGGUAACUGCAAACUAUUUGGCAUUCCCCUUGUAAGUAAAUCUGCCUCCAUUGAUCCUGUCAUGUUGCAGAAAAAUUCUCCGACUGACUCAGCAAGUAACAUGCAUUUUGGUGUACAUCCACAUCAAUUCCCUGUAACUGAAUCUGAUCAAAGGUCUGCGCAAUUAACGGGAUCAAAGCUACUAGAUGAUGGGAUCGCACUCAAUGAUCAGGAAGAACAAUUCCAAAUCUCUCAUCCUGGUACUCGAGAUAGAGAGGGCAGAGGCCUUGUUAAUUCAACAAGGAGUUGCACCAAGGUUCAUAAACAGGGUAUGGCCCUUGGGCUGUCUGUGGAUCUUGCAAAGUUCAAUAACUAUGAAGAAUUGAUAGCUGAACUGGAUCACCUUUUUGAUUUUAAUGGUGAGCUCAAGUCUCGGAACAAGAACUGGCUGGUUAUAUAUACUGAUCAUGAGGGCGACAUGAUGCUUGUUGGAGAUGAUCCAUGGCAAGAAUUUUGUGGUAUGGUUCGCAAGAUUUUUAUCUACACGAAAGAUGAGGUGCAGCAGAUGAACCCUGGGACUCUCAAUUCAAAAGGUUUAUAAAAAUCUGCGGAAACAACUACAUUCAUCCAGCUGUAGCGUUUUUGUGGAUUUUGGAAGGUGGUAACCUGCCACAUCAAGUCCCUUUUAGCUUCUGGAUGGCUGGUCUCUCCACAUUGAUGCAGCUUCUGUACAUGCAUAAAUUGUCAGCCUGGUCAUAAUCUUGCUUUUGCUUAUUUCCGUAUGUAAAUACCCAGCUUUAAAAAAUUUUCUUGCAGCUCUAGAUGUAAUUAAGUUGGUACAACACUUUGUGUCCACUGUUAGUUUAACUGCUUUGAGUACCCUACAUAUAUCAGGCUAUCAGCAGUUGUGGUCAUCCAGGUGAACAAGGAUUGAUAGUCCUGCAAAUUUUGGUCGCAAGUGUUGAAAAGAUAUUGAUAUUUGGUUAUUCUAAAUAAUUCUUAUUGAUCAA